AGGCCCAAAAUAAAAUCGCAGAAUAUAUAAAACCCUCCACCUACCUCCGUCAUCUUCUUCCUGGCGCCAUUUCUAGGGUUUAUCACGUUAGCUAAUUCCGUUUUCCUUAGUUCAGCAAAAUCUACCGGAGGUUAAAGAGACGGCGCCAUUGCUGUCCGCCUUGACAAAGAAGUUCUCACAACUUUGCUUGGCCCUCGAUUUUGUUUAAGAAAUCGAGACAGAAACCCUAAUUUCCCAGAUUUUUGUUCAAAAAAAGUUUGAAACCUUAAUUCAUCGACAAUGGCAGUGAAACCAACCAAAGCUGAGAAGAAGAUCGCAUACGACCAGAAGCUAUGUCAACUCUUGGACGAGUACAGCCAAGUGCUGAUUGCAUCCGCCGACAAUGUGGGUUCGAAUCAACUCCAGGGCAUCAGGAGUGGUCUAAGAGGCGACUCUGUUGUUUUGAUGGGGAAGAAUACUAUGAUGAAGAGGUCUAUCCGUCUUCAUGCUGAGAAAACUGGAAACGACAACUUGCGCAAGCUUGAGCAGUUGUUGGUGGGAAAUGUGGGGCUGAUCUUUACUAAGGGUGAUUUGAAGGAAGUCAGGGAGGAGAUUGCCAAGUACAAGGUUGGAGCUCCCGCUCGUGUUGGUUUGGUUGCACCAAUCGAUGUUGUUGUCCCACCUGGCAACACGGGUCUUGACCCAUCCCAGACAUCUUUCUUCCAGGUUCUUAAUAUCCCCACCAAGAUUAACAAGGGUACUGUCGAAAUUAUCACUGCUGUGGAGCUUAUCAAGAAGGGAGAGAAGGUGGGUUCUUCUGAGGCAGCUCUACUUGCAAAGCUUGGAAUCAGGCCGUUCUCGUACGGUUUGAACAUCCAGUCAGUUUAUGAUGACGGGUCAGUCUUCAGCCCGGAAGUACUUGACCUGACAGAGGAUGACCUUCUUUUGAGGUUUGCUACUGGUGUAUCAAUGGUCACUUCUCUUUCCCUUGCCAUCUCGUACCCAACCCUUGCUGCUGCUCCCCACAUGUUCAUCAAUGGGUACAAGAAUGUUCUUGCCAUUGCCAUUGCAUGUGAUUAUGACUUCCCCCAAGCAGAGAAAGUUAAAGAGUACCUCAAGGAUCCUAGCAAGUUUGCUCUUGCUGCUGCGCCCGCUGCAGGUGGAGCUGCACCCGCUGGUGGUGGUGGUGGUGCUGCUGCUGCGGAAGAAAAGAAGGAAGAGUCUGAGGAGGAAUCAGAUGGGGAUGUCGGUUUCAGUCUCUUUGAUGAUGAAUAGGUUACUUUUAUGUUUCAAAUCUGCUUGUUGGAGUUUUGUCUCUAAAGAUUGUUAUGUUUAUUUUUUACAGCAACAAUUGUUUUAACUGAAUUAUGUUAUUUUUUUUGAGGGAAAGACCGAGCGGCCAAAAUUAUAUUAAAUCAAGUUCCACCAAAGUUUGAAUACUUUGGAGAAAGGAGUUCAUACA